UUAGGGUCAUACAUACUAUAAUAUUUUCACUCAAAUAUUUAUGAAUUAUACUUUUCCAGUACACUGAGAGCUAAAGGUUGAAGAACCAAGAACUUAAAUCUCGCGAUACAACUUUAGUAUCCAUAGUAACGCCCAAAACGCCCUAACUGGUUCACAACGGCGUUAUUAAACUCUCUGAAACGAUAUCGUCUUUAACGCUUUUAGCUGUGUGACUGUAAUUGUGGUUUCAGGCGCAACCAUGUCUAGAAAGAAAGACCCGAAAGAUAAAACCAGCGCUGAAGACGAGGCCUGGAAAAGCGCAGGACCGACUCCAAAUGAAACUCUUCCUGUUCAGACCUUCGAUGAAUAUCAGUGCACAGGAAAUGCAGAGACUGACUUCCCUGCGCUGUGUGCUCUACUGAACGUGAAGGAUAUCCCAGCUGUUAUUGCCAAGUUCCCAGCCUCCUCCGCCAGUCAAACUGAAGGUGUCACCAAUUACCAGUUACAGACGAGUGAUGCUUUUUUCUGCUCAAAGCCCUGCCUAACACUGGAGCUGGAGAGUAAAGACAGAGCCAGGAGCAUGAAGGUUUCUGGAUGGAGGGUGAAUGAGCAGAUUUUCCGAGUGCUAGAAAAGAUGCUCCCCUCCAUGAACCAGCUACAGAGCCUUGGGUUUUGGCAGGCGGGACUGACAGAUCGCAUGGUAGUCGCCCUCAUGAACACAAUACCGCUGUGCUCCAGCCUCAGGGUUGUGGCACUGGAAGGCAAUGUUCUUCCACAGCAGGGCUACCACCUUCUUCUUUCUGAGGACAGCGUCCUCACUCACUUGUCUCUGAGAAAUAACCGGAUAGGAGUUGAAGGCGCUCGCCUGAUUGGUUCAGCGCUUUCGACAGCCAGGUCUGCCAACAAAAACCUCCUGUCACUCAACCUGGCGUUCAACCGUAUAUGUGAUGCAGGUGCUGCACUUAUUGCUCAGGGCCUGCGGCUGAAUCGUACUUUGCUCUUUCUCUCUCUGUGCAACAAUCAGGUUGGAGAUGCAGGAGCUGCUCAGCUGGCUGCGGUACUUCGUGAGUUUGCCUUAACUCAUGAUGAAAUAGUGGAGAGGAGGAAGCUGCUUCUGAAAAGAGUGCAAGCUGCUUUAGUGAAGGAUGAGCCUCUCCAAACAUUAGCUGGCAGCACCACCUCACUGGGUGGCAACAAAGGAGAGACCACAGGCACUCCUAAAAAAAAGGAAGCAACCAGAAAAGACGGGAAACCGGACGCCAACAAAGACAACCAAAAGCCAAACAAGAAAACCACUGAUACAAGAGCGUCUCAGGCUAGAGGUGGAAAGGCAGAGGGCAAAGAGAAGCAACAUGCAGAAGAGGAUACAUCAAAUACUUGCCUGAAUAAGGCAGAGUUGGUGGAUCCAGCAAAUCCCCUGCUGCACCCGUCGGUGGAUCCCAGGGACGGACAGGUCUUCAUGUCCGGAAACACGACUCUUGUUUCCCUCGACCUGGCAGGAAACAGAAUCACAGAGAAGUCGCUGCCUCACUUUUUGGCGUCACUUCAAGCGCAGGGCGAGGGUGGAGGUCUGCUGCGUCUCUGUCUGCAGAGAAACAUUUUCCCACCAGAAAAUGAGCUUUACGUGAAGAUAAAGGAAAUGAUGGCUGCCUCAGAUCCAAUGAAAAAAAAUAACUCUGAAGAGGAGGGACUGGGAGAGUAGAGAGGCUGACAGAACGGGCCUUCACUUUGUCUUAUAGCAACACAAAUAUGUGUAUAAUUGUAUAAUAAUAAUUUCAGCUGUUUAAUUAUUUGUCAGAAUUAAUUAAAGAGAAUAAUAUGAGUGAA